CAGAGGCAAAUACGCGACGGUAUGCCGCUGCGUGCAUCGUCAGACAGGUUCGGCGUUCGCCGCGAAGUUCGUGAAGAAACGUCGCAGGGCUCAGUGCCAACAGAGGGAGAUCCACCACGAGAUCGCGGUGCUGAUGCAAUGCAGGGGCACAGGAAGGGUGGUCAGGCUGCACGAGGUGUACGACCAACAGCACGAGAUGGUGCUGGUGCUCGAGCUGGCUGCUGGCGGCGAGCUGCAGCAUAUACUGGACCAGGGGCACUGCUUGCAAGAGGUGGAAGCUAGGAAAGCAAUGAAACAAAUAUUAGAAGGCGUAGCUUACCUUCAUGAUAGGAAUAUCGCACACUUGGACCUGAAACCACAAAACCUCCUACUGUCAGUUGAAGACUCAUGUGAAGACAUCAAACUCUGUGAUUUUGGCAUUUCCAAAGUGCUACAACCUGGUGUUACAGUACGAGAAAUAUUAGGUACUGCAGACUACGUAGCCCCGGAAGUGCUGUCGUACGAACCGAUCGGCCUGAGCACGGACGUGUGGAGCAUCGGCGUAUUGGCGUACGUCCUCCUGUCCGGCUUCAGCCCUUUCGGCGCUGACGACAAGCAACAGACUUUCCUGAAUAUCAGCCGAUGUUCGCUUAGCUUCGAACCCGAACAUUUCGAUGACGUCUCAACGGCGGCGGUGGAUUUCAUCAAAUCGGCGCUGGUCGUCAACCCCAGGGACCGGCCUUCGAUUCACGAGAUGCUGGAUCAUCCGUGGAUCUCGUUAAAGACAAAUCUGCCAGCCCAACUGCCGUCGUCGACAACGAACACCUCAAACGAGAACGGACACUACCAGACAUCCUCAUCUUCGUCAUCCACACUACCUCAACCAAGGUCCACACCGAUGACGCAACGCAAAAGCUUCUCGUGCCUGCCCUCCAUAGAGUCCUCUCCAGGCAGCAGUAGCAGCACCAUGGGCACGGUGACCGCGACCGCUUCCCCUAAACCUUCCUCCUCCUCCUCCGCCGCCUCAUCCUCAACGACAUUCUCCUGCAGCAACGAAGGCGCAACAGCCACAGCGGUCCUUCAAUGCCUGUUGUGCGGCCCCACCUGCAGGCGGCACCACCAUCACCACCACGGUGUUAGGGUAGGGGUAGUUGCGGGUGGUAAGGCAUCGCCUGCGCCCCCUAUAGCCGCGGCGGCGCUGGAUAGGGGCAUAUUGUGCUAG